UGAUUGGCUAGAACACAGAACAUGGAGGCGGGACAAACAGCCGCAGCUCGCGCAACCAGGAAAAACCAUUAGCGCUCCAUCGCUACAUCGAGAUAAAGCGAUUCGGCUUCGCUUCGGUCGGAUUUAUAAAGCUCCGAGUCAUGACCAGAGGAAACCAGCGUGAACUUGCUCGACAGAAGCACGCCAAGAAGCAAAAUGAGUCGAGCAAGGGCAGAAAGGAUGAUGGUCUCUCCGCUGCUGCUCGCAAGCAGAGGGAUGCAGAAAUAAUGCAGCAGAAACAGAAGAAAGCCAGCGAUAAGCCGGAACCUAAAUCAAAAUAACCAGCGUGGCACAUUGGGACUAGUAUGCAUUUUCUGCAGAGGUUCCCAGCUUUCAACAGCUCAUGGCUAACGAAAAAAGUUGUAACCAUAUAGACGGCUUAAAAUACUAUUACUGACUUUGGUAAUCAGUUGGAGAAAUUAGUCUACAAUGUGGCUUCAAAAAGAUCUCCUCUUGCGAGGGAAAAUUAUUGCAUUGAGUAUCGAUUCACCUGUUGUUCCAAAUGCAAUCAGUGCACACAAUAAUUCAAUAAUAACAUGUAAAUUGGCUUCAUAUUUUUAACUGGUUAAAAAUAUUGACGUGUAGUUCCACCACAUGUUAAAAACAACUGUGUUACUGGUAAUUCUUGGUUCAAAUGUCAUGAGAUCUUAAUCUUUCAUCUUGUGUCUCUUUUUGAUUUCACACACUCGAAGGUGAUGUACUAGAUGCGAUGCAGAUCAUGUUAAAGAAGGAGACUUCCAGUCAACACAUGAAUUGACUUUCGAGUUCUGUAUUUUUGUAUUAAACACCCUUAAUAAAAUGUACAUUUUUAAACUGA